UAGUAUGAUGACUUGGCUGCUGUUGCUCUUCCUGACAGGGAGCCUCUUUAGUCUAGGAAUUGUGCUGUGGGUGAUCGUUGAGCAUUUCUUUACAGCAGAAGUUCCUGCUGGCAUUGGCUACACAGGGAGGUUCCGUGUCCUACACUGCCUCUUUCUACUAGUGUCACAUCUGGGUAACAUUUUAGAGAAACUGAACAUCUGCUCAAUGCCAAAAUGUAUACGCUUUUUGCACGACUGUUUUCUGAACAAAAAGGACCCUCAUCUUGUGGUAACUACACUGCACUUAGGGAAGGUACCGGUGAGGCUAUAUAAGCCAAAGGCACCAUCUGCAAGACCCCGUUGCGGGAUCAUCUUUUUCCAUGGAGGCGCUUGCGUAUUUGGGAGCCUGAAGUUUUACAACCGCCUGUGCUGCUACUUGGCCAGGGAAAGUGACUCUGUGGUUGUAGCUAUUGGUUAUCGCAUGGUUCCUGACCACAAGCAUCCCAGUUCAUUGAAUGACUGCAUAACUGCUACAAUCCAUUUUCUGAGAACUCUGGACACCUAUGGGGUGGAUCCAUCUCGGGUCAUCCUCUGUGGAGACAGUGCUGGAGCAUCAAGUGCAACUUCUAUUUGCCAAAUGCUUGUGACCCAACCAGAUCUCCCUAAGAUACGAGCACAGAUUCUGAUCUAUCCUUAUGUCCAGGGAUUUAAUUUCCAGCUGCCUUCGCAUCAACAGAACAAAAAUAUCCCAUUCCUUACCUUGAGUAAUCUUGGUCUUUAUCUAUCCCUUUAUUUUGAUAUCCACCCGUCUUGGACAUCCAUUAUUAUGCAAAAUGCUCAUGUGCCUCCUGAGAUGUGGAAGAAGUAUGGGGAAAUAAUUAAUGUCAAUAGCAUACCUAAGAGGUUCAAAGAGAGAGGCUACCAACCCAUGUCCCCUGGUUCUUUUAAUGAAGAUGCUUACUUGGAAAGCAAAACGUUGUUACAGCCAACAAAUUCACCCCUAAUUGCUGACGAUGACAUCAUUGCCCAACUCCCCGAAACCCUGCUUGUGAGUUGUGAGUUUGAUAUCCUACGGGAUGAUGCUUUAUUGUACAAGAAGAGGCUGGAGGACCAGGGGGUGCCUGUGAGAUGGCACCACAUGGAAGAUGGUUUUCAUGGAGUGCUCGUCAGCUUUGGCCAAAAGGGGUUAUUUCCCUGCUCCUUAAAAAUUCUGAAUAUUAUUAUUACUUUUAUAAAGGAACUAUGAACUUCACUCCCAGGACUUUCGGGAAAGAAUGGCUAGUGUGAACUCUGUUUAAAACUUGGGGCCCUAUUGAGUUUCAUUUUACUGAUUUAGGAAAUAGGGCAGGUUUUGGGGCUGAAGAUAAGAGCUUGGGAGGAUUGACCUGCCAUAGAUUCAAGAAUGACAAAACAGUUUCUGAUGGAUAAAUAGUUAAAGGAAGAUGGUUUGAAGUAGUGCUUAAUCACAGACAUGGUGGUGGGAAGACCAGGCAGGUUAAGUCUUAUGUUAUCUUUUCUAAAUCUAUAUUAGUUAUGUGGACUAUUCAUAUUGGGAGUAUCCUAAGAUGAAUUGUGAGUGUGCAAAUGAUUCCAGGAAAAGGCUCAAGUUUGACGGGAAAACCUGUCUUCACUAUCUGAGCUCCUAGUGACUGGGAAUAAGAGUGACAAAAGGACCUGUGAUUGAGACUUGACAAUAUCAUAUGGUUUUCUGUGACCAACUUGGAAGAAGGAAAGAUGACAUUUCUCUUCGACUCAGAAAUAGGUUUAUAUUGGCUAAAAGAGAUCAAAGGAAAAGGAAAAGGGGUCACAAAAUCUUGUUUUCUGAUUUUUCUCUCCUUCCUCUCUCCUUCCCUCCCAAGAGAACAAGCAUUCCAAUUUAAGUUAAACAUAUACAAUGUUCUUCUAAACACAUUUCCAUAUUUAUCAUGCUGUACAAAAAAAAAGGAAAAAAAGUCAUU